AACUCUAUAAAAUUUUCUGUAGAAUUUGGUCUAUAGAAAUACUUUGAUGUAGAUGUAUAUAGUUUUAAAAUUUAAAUAAAAAAUACUGCUACAACAACGCUUUUUCUAUUGCUUUAGAAAAUAAUGUUAUCACAAUGAUUUUUAUUUUCUUUUCUGGGUUGUAAAUUAAAAACCAAUAUAGUAGCCACUUCAGCGCACGAGUUCAUUAAACUUACUCCUGCAAUGUCUGCUAGGUUGGCCAAGGCCAAACGAGCCUGGGAUAGCCCAAUGAUGGUGCUUACAGGAUAUGACACUUCACUUGCUGAUGCUGAUAUCGAGGCCUCCUUGACCAACCAUUUCUCUUCAUGCGGAGAGAUUGUUGGUUUUGAGUUAUACAACUUUAAACAUCUUCCCAUUCAAGAUCGCCAAGCCCACAUUGCUAUCUGGGGAGAAGGUGCAGAAGACAAGGCCCUGGAACUUAAUGGGAGUGACAUGGGAGGAUUCAAACUAGUUGUUGUGUCUUUUAAACAACCCGUGGAAAACAGCCGCCCCCUUCCUGUCGAUGAUGAUUUCCCACGUGGCUACAUGAUCCCAGCUCGGGUUGCCAACCCCAAGAAGACGAGCCGUUACAAGAAGAUGAAGAAGAAGGCCAGCCGUAAGAAGGCUUGGAAGUAGAAAAAGCCCUUUGGUAUUCUUGUUGACAUUCUCGCUCUUGUUCUCACUCACUCUUUGUAUUUCUUUACUUGUGUUUUAUCAUAACACACAAGCACACUCAUACUCUCUUUACUCUCUUACACGUUUGGUUUCUUGUAGAGAGAAGCUUUGGUUGUCUACAUCUUUCUCUCUCCAACUCUUUUUCUUAUUAGAAUUGGAUACCUUUUACAAUAGCAACACAUACAUACUUAUAGUAGCUUUUCACUAACUACUACACAUGCACUUUGACCACUACUACAACUUAGCCUUACUUCUAGUAAACCAAUCUUUAACAAUUCUAACAACUACACCUUAGGUAGACUUUAACCAACACAACACUCCUUGUUGGUGGCUUUGUCUAAACACAUGGUUAGUUGCAUCUUGACUUUAUUUGUUGUGACUAAGUCACAACUCAACUCCUCUUUGGUAAAACUUUGACUUUCUUCUUCUACGUGACUCUCCUUGGUCACUUCUUCUUGUUCUUCCAUUUCUUGCGCUUCAAGUCUCUUCUUCUUCUUCUUCACACAAGUUUCUUCUUUCUUCUUUGUAGCUUUUUCUCAGCUACUCUUCUUCUGUUGGAGAUUCUAAUCAAGGUUCAAUCUCAACAAUUCUCAACCUGUGAUGCAACCUUUUGUCUCUCUUUAUGUGAUCUGUCACCUUCAC